GUAUGCCGUGAAUGGUCCACAGACCGCGGGCCCGGGAGUGUGGAGAACCAGCCGUCCCGCUACCGUCCAGCAUGGCCGACUUGUUUUCUCUGGACUUCGAGAUCUUCGGUCUGGUGACAGGUGUUUUCUUCAGAAUGCACGCGGAGCAGGAGGCGGUGAGACUGGGGCUGGUGGGCUGGGUGAAGAACACGUACCACGACACGGUGGUCGGGCAGGUACAGGGGCCGACAGACAAAGUACAGGAAAUGAGGCAGUGGUUGGCCACCAAAGGAAGCCCGUUCUGCAGAAUCGACAAAGCGCAGUUUAACAACGAAAGACCAAUCGGCAAACUGGAGCACGAGAAAUUCCGAAUAAGCUACUGAGCGAAGUGUACAGCAAUGUGGAGAUACGGAGAUGUGGAUGAAAAAUAUUGUUAGCUUGAUUUGAUGCUAUGACAUGUUUGGGCCCA